UCUUUUCUGAGAGUACUCAUCAGCUUUUGAUAUCUCCAGCACCAUGAAUAUCUUCCUGACUACUUGUCUUCUCUUGGUCAUCCUUUCUCCAGUGACAGCUUUGUUGUGCGUUGGAAAUACGAGACAUGAAUAUUGCCAUGGCAUUUGCUUUACAAUUCAAAUAGACAACCAUUUAAAUAGCACUCCAAACAGAAGAACAAAAUGGGGAUGUAUGACAGAUUGCACCUCAGAUAAAACCACCUUCACUACAGUAGGAAAUAAGUACUUCAGAAACAUCAAGACCUGCUGUGGAAAGCAGCUUUGCAAUGCUACGCCCCCUCCUCGGAGAGAUCCAAAAUUAAAUGGGCUGGAGUGUCCAUUCUACUGUCAAGAUAGUAAGGCCCCAAAGACAGUCAAGUGUUUUGAUGAUGAGACUCGAUGCAUGGACUUCAUUCUUAUUCGUGGUGAUGCUAAAGUUCCUGAAGUUUUCCAAGGCUGUGCAACACCAUCUUUUUGUGAACAAGCCAGUGCAUCAAUGAUUGACAAGUACCUUUCAGGCAACAUAACCCGACCACGAUGCUAUGAAAGCUUCCCUUCCUCAGAACAGCAAAGCUUUGCAGGGUAGCCAAGAGAGAAUAAUUCUUCCUUUUGGAGUCCACCAUUUGCUGCAGUAGUGGAGGUGGAGUUUGCUUGUCUGGUGGUGGGAGUGCAGAGUGACAGGGAUUCACAGGAAUCUCUUUGGCAUUUAGUGAAGGGUGAAUGGGAUGCAGGGGAUAGAGAAGCUAAAGUAGAAAUGUGGGGCUUGGGGGCUCUGAUUCAUUACAAUAUGGUAUAUAUAUGGUUAAAUUUUCAUUUGUGAUAAUCAAAAUAAAUUGG